CACUUCCCACCCAGGACCAACAACCAGGACACCAUCAAGGCCAUUGCCCAUUGUCCAUUGCCCACGGAGAAGGGUCAGCACAAUUCCACCAUGACCGACCAACAUCCCACAUAUUUAGAACCGAGUGAACUCGGCACCAAGGACUACUGGGAAACCUACUACGCCCGCACCCUCUCCCACCUCUCCUCCAAACAACCCGCUCCCAUCGCGUCUUCCUCGACCACCAAACCCACCACCACCACCACCUCCUCCUCCACCACCUCCUCCGAUGAAGAACCCUCCGAAGAAUCCGAAGACGACAUCGACGACGACUCCGACCCAGGCACCUCCUGGUUCUCGGAACACAACGCCCCCGCCAAAGUCCUGGACUUCCUCACCGACGAGACCUUUCCCCUCGCGCCGUGCCACACCACCACCACCCACCCCCUCCCCGGCCAUGCAGCCGAUGCUGAGGCUGAGGCUGACGCCGACGCUCAAACCGGGGUAAACCGCGGAGCGCAGCCGCCGCAGCAACCCUCCAUCCUCGACCUCGGCACCGGCAACGGCAGCAUGCUGGCGCUGCUCCGGAAACGCGGCGGCUUCCGGGGCGCCAUGGUCGGCGUGGAUUAUUCGGCGCAGAGCGUGGAGCUUGCGAGGCGGUUGCAGGCGUUGCGGAUCCAUCGGGCUUAUCUCUCGGAUUCGGAUGAGGAGGAUGAGGAUUCGGAUGAGGGGGAGGAUGAGGGGGAGGGGGGUGAAGGGCAGGGCCCAGGGGACCGGGAGGGGACGAAUAUGGAUAUUCGCUUCGAGGAGUGGGAUAUCCUCUCCUCCUCGCCCUCAUCCUCUUCUUCUGCUGGUGCUGGUGCUGGUGCUGGUGCUACUAGUGUGGUUCCUGAAGGGCUGGCGUGGUUUCCGUACGAGCGCCGGGGGUUCGAUAUUGUGUUGGAUAAGGGGACGUUUGAUGCUGUUUCUUUGUCGGCGGAGGUGGUGUCGGGUUCUGAGGGGGAGGAUGCGGAGGGUGCGGAGGGGACUGAGGGGACUGAGGGGCUGGGGGAAGGUCAAGAGAGGAAGGGGGGAAAGAUGGUGCAGAGGCGGGUUUGUGAACGGUACCCCGGCAUCGCCAGGGGGUUGGUGCGUCCGGGCGGGUUCCUCGUGGUGACGAGUUGUAACUGGACGGAGGAGGAGUUGGUGGAGUGGUUUACUGCUCCUGCUGCUGCUGCUGCUGCUGAUGGGCAGAAGGAUCGGUUGGUGGUUUGGGGCAGGGUCGAGUAUCCCAGGUUUCGCUUCGGGGGCAGGGAAGGGCAGGGUGUCUGUACGGUUUGCUUUCAGCGGGUGGUUGAUUAGAUCUUGAUUUUCUGUGAGUAUGAGUAGAGACUAUGCAUUAGAGUAUGCCAUCUCAUUUUUCGGGAGGUUUGGGAGUUGGGAGUUGAAGUCGUGAAGUGGGGGAGGGAAC